UGGGCCAGAGCCCAUAAAUCUUGAAACCAAAACUAUAUCCAAUUAAAAAGUAUUGGGCCUACGGGGUUAUUCGGCCUGUUCAUGAAGAAAUCGUUUUGGGGUAAAAUCCUGAAAAUCGGAGCGCAAUGUACUUCAAUUUACAAUCCCGCCUUGCCGGAGAGGAGAAUCCGGCGAAGCGAAUUUCAUUUCCACACUCUUAUGACUUAUCAACUCGAAAAAACCCUUCAAUUUAUUUAUUUAGUUACUGUUCAAUUCUGAUGCUAUAGUGUCAUUCUAGAAAACUUAGGGUUUCUUUGAUUUAUUGUGUAUUUUAACCAACCGAGACGAUGGUGGGAAUGAUGGCGGGGAUAUCUCGAGAGAAAAUUGCGAGCAGAAUCAACUCAAUAAAGUACGGAGGUACCGACAUUGGUCAGAAGCUCGACCAGUUGCGGCGGCUUGGUGAUGAUCUCGCCGCCGUGGAUUCUGUGUUGCUGGUGGAGUUCCUCUCCCCUAUUAUUGACCUCCUAUCUGACCGUUUAAGCCCCGUCCGAAAAUCUGUUACUCGGAUGAUUGGUGAAAUUGGUUUAAAGCACUUGGAGUUGUUACCUGAAAUAAUACCGGCACUGGUUGAUGUUUUGAAAGACGAUACCCCAGCUGUUGCUCGACAGGCUAUCACAUGCGGGAUUGAUAUAUUUCGCAGUUCUCUAGUUAAAGUCACCAUCCAGGGGUUGUACUCGAGCGGAUUCAACGAAUCACAGAGAUCAUCGUGGCUAUCAGUGCUAAAGUUUAGAGAUGAAAUAUAUUCGAUGGCAUUUAAAGUGGGAAGUGAAGGGAGAAGGUUGCCUGCAUUGAAAUUCGUGGAAUCUGUUCUGCUACUUUAUACUCCUGAUCCUAAUGCCUCUCAGGAACCACCUGCUGAUCAAAUUUCUGAAGGGGAGUUUGAGGAAUUCAAUAUCUCAUGGCUUCGUGGUGGGCAUCCCAUACUCAAUGUCAGAGAUUUGUCUGCUGAAGCAAGCCAAAAUUUGGGUCUACUGCUAGAUCAGCUGAGAUUCCCAUCUUUGAAAUCACAUAGUUACUUGGUGAUCAUUGUACUAAUUAAAUGUCUUUCGGAAGUAGCAAGGAAGAGGCCAGCCUUUUAUGGUCGUAUACUGCCUGUUUUACUUGGCUUGGAUCCUUCAAGCUCUGCUAGCAAAGGCAUGCAUCUUGCUGGGGUGAAUCAUGCUCUGAAGAAUGCUUUUGAGUCUUGUUUGAAUUGUACGCACCCUGGUGCUGCACCGUGGCGGGAUCGUCUAGUUGGUGCACUGAAAGAAAUUAAAGUUGGAAAACCAACGGAACAUGCUGCCUUAGAAAUAUCUGAUAACAAUGGGAGAGCAGAGUGGACAGGUGAUUCGCACGUGGCUCAAGUUCAUGAGGAUGAAAAACCUUCUAUAGCAUUUGUGAACGAACAUAAUAAUGUUGGUAGGAAAAGAGGUGUAGAGCUAGACGCAUCAGAGUUUACUGAAGAUGACAUGUCAGGAAAACGUGCUAGAUCAACUCCUGACAACUCAGAGGGAACAAAAAAAGAAAUUACAGAGGCACAAACACCGUCUAGACCAGAUGCAGAUAGUGGACCUGUGCAGCAGCUUGUUGCUAUGUUUGGUGCAUUGGCUGCUCAGGGGGAGAAAGCUGCUGCUUCUUUGGAGAUUCUCGUCUCAAGCAUAUCAGCUGAUUUGUUAGCUGAAGUAGUUAUGGCUAAUUUACGGAAUCUUCCUCCAAAAAUCCCUAAAUCUGAAAUGAAUGAAGAGCCACUGGGCAAUACAGGUGUUCCUCAUCCUGAUACUGUUGCAAGUGAAAGUCACAUCAACCAUUUGUCUUUGCUGCUGACAGACAUUCUCGCACAACCUAACUCUUCUCCAGUUGGAACAGAAGACCCUCAUCAUUCAGUAUCCACUGAGCCUGAGCAAACUGAAGAAGAGGAACCACGUGUAACUUUGGCUGAUAGUAAUGUUGCAUAUGAUGAUUUGAAUUAUGCAAGUCAACAAGCAACAUUGUCUAUUAGUGAGUCUGUUACUCCCGAUGAUAUACCUUCUGCAAUGGAGACUGAUUUUACAGCAAUUACAUCUGAAGUCAAUGAUAUGAAGAGUGUGGAAGAUGAAAUACCUGGACUUGCUUUGUCCACUCAGGAUGAUGGAUUGCCUGAAAAUCUAGCUGUUUCUUCCAAGGGUUUGACUGAUUUAGAUGAUGCCAAUGAAGAAGAUUUUAUUAAUCCGGAUAGGACACCCCUAGAAUUAGAUAAUACACCCCUAGAAGUAGAUAGUACACCCCUAGAAUUAGAUAGUACAUCCCUAGAAUUAGAUAGGACACCUAUAGAACUAGCUCAAUCAUUGUCUACAGAUAGAUCUGAGGAACUUAGCCCAAAAGCAGCAAGCACAGACACAAACAUGAAUUCCUCAACUGCAACGUCUGUUCGGUUGUUACCACAGUUGGUUCUGCCGAAGAUAUCUGCCCCAGUUAUCCACCUUGCUGAUGAUCAAAAGGAUCAGUUACAAGAACUAGCUUUCGUACGCAUUGUUGAGGCAUAUAAGCAUGUCACUGUCGCUGGAGGGUCUCAAACCCGCUUUUCUAUUCUUGCCCAUUCAGGAAUGGAGUUUCCGUCGGAGCUUGAUCCAUGGAAGUUACUGAAAGCACAUAUAUUGUCGGACUAUGUUAAUCAUGAGGGGCAUGAGUUAACCUUGCGUGUCUUAUACCGGCUAUUUGGGGAGGCGGAAGAGGACCGUGACUUUUUCAUCUCAACAACUGCUACAUCUGUAUAUGAAACUUUUCUUCUCCAAGUGGCAGAAACACUGAGAGAUUCUUUUCCAGCCUCGGACAAAUCUUUGAGUAGAUUGCUCGGUGAAGUUCCGUAUCUGCCAAAAUCUUUAUUUGCAAUGUUAGAAUCCUUAUGUUGUCCUGGUAGCAGUGAUAAUGAUGAUAAGGAAUUGCAUGGUGGAGAUCGAGUAACCCAGGGGCUGAGUACUGUGUGGAGCCUAAUGUUGCUAAGACCUCCAAUUCGAGAUGCUUGUCUCAAAAUCGCUCUAAAGAGUGCAGUUCAUCACUCGGAAGAAGUGCGGAUGAAGGCAAUACGUUUGGUGGCGAAUAAGCUUUAUCCUUUAUCAUUCAUAUCAGAAAAAAUUGAAGACUUUGCCAAAGAAAUGUUGCUAUCAGUUGUAGGUGAUGAUCAAAUUACACUGACAAAGGAGGGUGAUGGAACCCUUGCUGAGGUACAGAAGGAUGAGAAUCCUUCAAGUGAAAAUCAACCAGCGAGUUCUGCAAUUAAAGAGAUCUCAGUUGAUACUCAUCAGCUUUCAGCAUCUGAAAGUAUUCCAUCUUCUACGGUAGCUGAGGUGCAACGUUGCAUGUCUCUGUAUUUUGCAUUGUGUACAAAGAAACACUCUCUUCUCCGGCAAAUCUUUGAUGUUUAUAAAGAUACAUCCAAGAUGGCAAAGCAGACAGUUCAUCGUCAAAUCCCACUACUUGUUCGAACUAUUGGCUCAUCCCGUGAUCUCCUUGAUGUUGUAUCCAAUCCACCUGCUGGAAGUGAAGAGCUUAUAAUUCAGGUUGUGCAAAUACUGACAGAUGGAACAGUUCCUUCUCCAGAGUUGGUAUCUACCAUUAAGAGGUUAUACAAUAUAAAGCUAAAGGAUGUAGAUAUUCUGAUUCCAAUUUUACCAUUCCUGCCAAAAGACGAGGUUUUACUUGUUUUCCCACAUCUUGUGAAUGCACCAUCGGAUAAGUUUCAAGUUGUGCUUUCGCGUGUCCUUCAGGGAUUGAACCAUUCUACUCCAGUGCUCACUCCAGCCGAAGCAUUAAUUGCUAUCCAUGGGAUUGAUCCUGACAGAGACGGAAUUCCCUUGAAAAAGGUGACAGAUGCUUGUAAUGCUUGUUUUGAACAGCAACAUAUAUUUACUCAGCAAGUUCUGGCCAAGGUCUUGAAUCAAUUGGUUGAGCAAAUUCCUCUUCCCUUGCUUUUUAUGCGCACAGUAUUGCAAGCCAUUGGUGCUUUUCCUUCCUUGGUGGAAUUCAUAAUGGAGAUUCUUAAUCGCCUCGUAAGCAAGCAGAUAUGGAAAAAUCCGAAGCUGUGGGUGGGAUUCAUGAAGUGUGCUCUUUUGACAAAGCCACAGUCUUUUGGUGUUCUGCUUCAGUUACCUACAACACAGCUUGAAAAUGCAUUAAAUAGAACACAAGCUCUGAGGGCUCCUUUAGUUGCCCACGCAAGCCAACCACACAUAAGAUCUUCGCUUCCAAGGUCUACACUAGUGGUUCUUGGUAUCGUGUCAGAUGUGCAAGCACCUACUCAGACACAACCUACUCAAACUCAGACCACCACAGAGACGGAUAAUACAGAUAAAGAAACUGUCACCGAUAAGUCAAAGGAAUCAUCUACCGCCAGUUGACUUGACGAAUAAAAUAUAUUUCCCCCAAUGGUGUUGAAAAUUUUGUAGCUUCUAUUAUUUCCUUCGACUUCUUCUCUGAAUUUUUUUUUACAUUUUGAUAAUUUUGUAUUCGGUAGAACAAGGGGUGAGAUCAUGUAAAUAGGAAGAUCUGAAUGCAGUACUGGUGAUGAGGGAUCGAUAUGGUUUCCCCGGAACUGUGAUAGAUACUCAAUCGGAAUGAUGCCUUGUAUUGUGCGAAUUUGAGCCUUGGUUUUAAUUAUCUAAUUACUAUUAUGAUGUUUCAUCUUCA